AUGGUUCCGAUUGGUGGUUCGGUGUCGAGAGAAACGGUUAAAAGGGACUGCGACCUGAAGAAAAGUAUCAGUCAACGUUCAGUUCACAUCCGAGCAAGUUGUCCAACACUAUUUCCAACAUUCAAAAUGACAGGACGAGGCAAAGGAGGAAAAGGUCUGGGAAAAGGAGGCGCGAAACGUCAUCGUAAAGUGCUCCGUGAUAACAUCCAGGGAAUCACCAAGCCCGCUAUCCGUCGGUUGGCUCGCCGAGGCGGUGUUAAACGUAUUUCCGGUUUGAUCUACGAAGAGACCCGCGGAGUUCUGAAGGUAUUCCUGGAAAACGUGAUCCGUGACGCAGUCACAUACACCGAGCACGCCAAGAGGAAGACCGUCACCGCCAUGGACGUCGUGUACGCUCUCAAACGACAAGGUCGUACUCUGUACGGUUUCGGAGGUUAAAUACUUGCUUCUGAAGUUUAAAAACAUCUUAAAAAGGCCCUUUUCAGGGCCACCAUAUGACCAUAGUAUAUCGUUUAUAAAACCUUAGAAUAAAAGAAAACAUUCCGUUCAAGUUGGUUAUAUUCGGUGGCGACAAUGAUAAUUCCCAAUUUGUUUAAGAAAACACGCGGAAUAACGUUCCGAAUAUAAUAGAUUAUCCAUAAUAUUGUUCUUUGAACGUUUUUCCAUGAUUACAAUUGAAAUACUACCCUAAGUCAAAACAUAGAAAUAACCGUUACGUUGGUAACCGUAAUCUUGUUAUGAUAUUAUUGCGGGACUUUGAAUUCAAUAUUACAAAAAAAGCUUCAAGAAAUAUAUUUUUCGAGUCAAUCAUUGCUUCUUCCAGCCCAGGAUAAUGUUGUAAUAUUAAUUGCUUAAUCGAGUUCUAAAGCUAUUAUUCUAAUGAUAUUAUCGAAUAAAUUGCUGCCUGGUUUGGUUUGGUGAUCAGUUGAUUAUUUUUUGUGAAUUCCAGUGGUGAUUUACUAUUUCACUACGUCAUUCGUUACGUGAACCUACCAUGAAUAAGCCACGAGGUUUUUGUUUAAUGAUUUAUUUUUAGAAUGUUUUUUUUUUUCGAAUUUCAUUGUAUACAUUAUAAUUGUUAUAUAUUGCAAGAAACAUCGGUUCCCAUAAUAUGAUAGAGUAACCAUGAUGACCAUGUAUAAUAGUAUAGGUACUAUAAACACGAUAGAUAUUCAUAUUAUUAAUAGCCGUUGUGCGGGUAUUACCGUCGAUAACAAACAAUUUGGUAAAAACAUUCUAAAAAUAACUCACCAAUGAAAAACCUCAUAGAAUGAUAUUGAGAAUACUGGCAAAAAGGGUGUCCAAAAACGUAGAAAAUGUAAAUUAUUGUUGUAAGAACUAAAAUUCAGAAAAUUAGUUUCUAUAGAAAUACCGGGACGGGGAAUAAUAAUAAUAUCUCGGCGUAAUUAAAUGUCAUUAUAAGUUAAAUCAUUGAUGCGGUUAUAAAUAAAAUUUCAUUUGGGAAAUUCUUAAUUAUAAUCCAUGGUUUUAUUUUAACUAAUUACAACGAAACUUCGAAUUAAAAUAUUAAUUGAGGGCAUUGCGUGAAUUUUUUCAUGUACUUUAUCACUUGUAAGACGGAGACAACAAUUAAUGCGUGUACGUACAGGCCACGACGUUGCGCAGGUGAACUGUAAACAAUUCACGUUCAUUUUUUUACUUUUUUUUUUUUACUUUUCGUCUAUCCAGAUAUAACGCGAUGAGACUCCUGAACACUUAUUUGCAGUUGUUAAUACGAUUACUUGUCUUGAGGUCGAUCAGCACACGUUUUAAGAUUAUUUAUUUAUUUUAUUUGAAUUUUAAAAAUUUUGGAAAAUAUUAAAUAUUUAAACAAAAUCGAUAGGAGUUUAGGAACGAGAAAAUGUGUUGUUAUCGAUCUCAAGUAAAUAUAUUAGUGUAUUCAAAUCAGUUUUCAAAAGUCUCAUCACGUUAUCCGGUCCAUCGGUAGGUCUGACAAAAAGUGCAUACAAAUGAACAUAAAUUGUUGCAAAUUUGCACUGAGUUUCGACCGAAGUCCUCUGACAAUGUGUUAUUAUAAUUGUGUAUUCAACAUGAUUUCGGUUAAGUACGAUGAAGACGAGAUUUAUUGAUAAAGUCUGCCUCGUUAAAAUUUCAGGUAGAAACGCCGGUGACACCGUGCCGUAGCAGAGUCCUAAAACCUUCAUAUUCGAACAGCCACUGUUCGUCGGAAAAUCGGUCGAUUGGAAAUCUGCAAAUUCUAUGGUCUCGGGAAACUCGUGGAGAAUUCAUCCAAAAUAUUUUUGUCAAUUUUCGACUGGUUUCAGUCAUACGACAGACCUUCAAAUACGGUUUACGAAAACGCGGUCGGAAGUGUGGAAAUAACGACUCGUGGUGGUUUCGUGGUACUGGGUGGCGAUGCAAUAAUCAUUGGCGAUCGUUUAGAAUUUAGUUAGCUUUCCAAAAAGUUCAAAGCCAGAUUUUUACCACCAUUUCCCGUUGAGAUAUUGUGAAAAACGAUUGUACAACCGUAGCUCGGACGACGACGCGAAUCACACUGGUUUACUAGUUGGCACGGUGCACUGUAUAUAUUUACACAUUUUUUAACCCGUUUGGUAUCACCGCAGUGAACA